AUGCUUGCUAUUUAUGUGCUUUUGGUGGCAUUCUUCUCUCACUGCUAUGUCAGCGCAGGUGCCAUGAAGCCAACCUACGCUCCGAAUAUCUCACAGUGUCCCAAACUGCAGCCUACGAAACGUCCAGAGAACAUCCACAACUUGCGCCCCGCUGACAUUGUGGCAAUUGCUGCCAUUGGCGAUAGCAUUUCCGCUGGUGUAGCAAUGAUUAAUUCCGAAGAAGACUGUAUAACAUCAGAGUCGUUCAAAGAAUAUCGAGGCCUUAGCUUUGACAUGGGCGGUGACAAAGGGGCAGUCAGUUUACCCAAUUUUAUCAGCCAUUACACUCCAUCUGGCGCUGUAACCGGUGCAUCAAAGGGUGUGCGACAGCUGCCCAUAUGUGAAGUACAACUGACAUUGAAACUAUCUCAAUUCAGGGAAUCCGUGGAUCAUUUCAAUGCUGCAAUUCCAGGAGGCACCUCCGACACUAUGGAGAAACAGAUUGAGUAUUUAUUACCAAAAAUUGGCAAAGACUCGCCUCUUGCCAAUGAAUGGAAAGUGAUUACAAUUUUCAUUGGCCAAAACGAUUUGUCCGUAUCAUGCUAUCCGUCAUACAUGAUCGCUGAUUAUGGUCAGCGUGUAUCGAAGGGACUUCAGUUGCUAAAAGACAAUGUCGAUUAUGCUUUUAUUAACUUGGUCGGUUUGUUCCAUUCUGAAAACGGACUUGACGCCACAGAAAAGCACAAAGGGUAUCAGAAGAAAUUCUGCGAUAACCCGUCGUUCGACAUCCACGAAAAAGAGUGCUACUGCUGUCAUCUUCCCUUGGGUAUAGGGAAUACCGUCAUUGCCGCCAACGUGGUUGCUUUUAAUAUCGCUCUGAAAAACUUAGCAAAGCAGUUUGAGCCAUAUGGAUCCGAUGCUACAUUUGGUGUGAUGUAUCAGCCCUUUGAUAUCGAUACAAAAGCUAUACCUUACACGAUUCAGAGCAACAUCGAUGGUUUCCAUCCAAAUAUACUUGCACAUGAGUUCUUUGCCAAGCUUCUGUGGAAUCAAAUGUUUCUACCAAGAGGUGAAAAAGAAUUAAAAGCUGAAUACGACGCAGAACGACCAGUUUACUGCCCUGGUGAAAACGAUGUAUUCUCUACAAGCUAA